AUGAAGAUAACCUGGCUGAGCUCUAAAACCAAUGAUGAAUUUGCACCGAUAAAGUGGGUCGGUUCUGGCUUUCCAAAGACCACCGGGGAUCUUCGAUUAGGCAAGCGUGUAAUCAGCAGGACUCUAAAUUCUUUCUCUCACAGGGUCAAGUGGACAAAAGGUCCCAAAGGAAUUUUCCAUGUAUAUCCAAAGAAAGGGGAUGUUUGGGCUCUAUAUCAGAACCAGUCCCCUGAUUAG